UUUUUUGCUGCCUUCCUCUUUUUCGCAAUCCACCAUUUUUCUUCUCUUUUUCUUCUUGGGGUCUUUCACUAUUCUGUACUGAACUGCGGUGUUUUCGCGUUUUUACCUGAAAUGGAACCCGAAAUGUCGGAACCGCCGCCUCAAGUUUCCAUAAAGCCCGAAGUGGAUGCCGCCGCAGGCGGCGUUGACAGCUCCAAGACACUUCUUCCGCCUCCCAAAGUCGUCGUUUUGGCUGACCUUAACGUCAACCCUCCUGAAUCCGACGACCACGAUUCUCUACUUCUCCCUGCUCCCGACCUUUCCAGGCUAACUAACGAUGAAAGCAGUCAGGAGAAAAGUACCUUAAUUUCCAAAGACGGUGAUGCCAUAGAAGGCGCAGUUAAAAAGUUAAACAAGAAAUGUCGUUCGAGAGUAAGUAAGGCUGAUGCUUUACUCGACUGUGGAGUGGAUGCAGAUGGGGAUCAGCCUAGUCAAGGGGCUUCCUCGUCUCGUGAGGAAAAAGUCAGCAGCCUUAAAACUGGCUUGGUACAUGUUGCAAGGAAGAUGCCAAAAAAUGCUCAUGCUCAUUUUAUUCUUGGUCUAAUGUAUCAAAGGCUCAGUCAACCUCAAAAGGCAAUUUCGGCAUAUGAGAAAGCUGCAGAGAUAUUGCUGCGCUGUGAGGCAGAGAUUGCACGGCCAGAGUUGCUUUCCUUUGUACAAAUUCACCACGCACAGUGUCUUCUCCUAGAGAAUUCAGGAGAUAACGUUUUGGACAAAGAGCUUGAACCUGAAGAGCUCGAUGAGAUCCUUUCCAAAUUGAAGGAGUCAAUGCAGUCUGAUAUUAGACAAGCAGGUGUAUGGAACACCCUUGGCUUGAUGCUUCUCAAAACUGGUCGACUGCAGACUGCUAUCACAGUUUUGUCGUCUUUACUGGCUCUUGCUCCUGAUGACUAUGAUUGCCUUGGAAACCUUGGGAUUGCUUAUCUCCAGAGUGGAAACUUGGAGCUUUCAGCUAAGUAUUUCCAAGAUUUGAUUGUUAAAGAUCAAAACCAUCCAGCGGCUUUAAUGAACUAUGCUGCAAUUCUUCUUUGUAAACAUGGUUCAAUUGUUGCAGGUGCUGGUGCAAAUGCCAGUGAAGGAGCUUCUGGGGAUCAGUUUGCAGCUAUCAAUGUUGCGAGGGAGUGUUUGUUAGCUGCAGUAAAAUCUGAUCCAAAAGCAGCACAUACAUGGGCAAAUCUAGCUAAUGCAUAUUAUUUGAUCGGUGACCAUCGUAGUUCCAGCAAAUGCUUGGAGAAGGCUGCAAAACUGGAACCAAAUUGCAUGUCUACUCGAUAUGCCGUUGCAGUCCAUCGGAUCAAGGAUGUUGAAAGGUCACAAGAUCCUAGUGAACAGCUUUCUUGGGCAGGCAAUGAAAUGGCAUCAGUACUAAGAGAAGGAGAUUCUGUGCCAAUUGAGCCUACUAUUGCAUGGGCUGGACUGGCCAUGGUUCACAAGGCACAGCAUGAGAUUGUGGCAGCCUUUGAGACAGAUCAAAAUGAGUUGGUCGAAGUUGAAGAGCGUGCUAUCUUCAGUUUAAAGCAGGCAACCGCUGAAGACCCAGAUGAUGCUGUGCAAUGGAACCAGCUGGGCCUCGACAGUCUCUGUUCUCAGCAUUUUAAAAUGGCGCAGAAGUACCUUAAGGCUGCGGUGGUUCGAUUCCGGAAAUGCAGCAGCUUUGCUUGGUCGAACCUAGGCAUCUCACUCCAAUUAUCCGAGGAGACAUCCCAAGCCGAAUGCGUAUACAAGCGAGCACUUUCAUUGGCAACAACUGAACAAGCACAUGCAAUAUUUUCCAACCUUGGGAAUCUCUACCGACAACGAAAGCAAUAUGAUCGUGCCAAGGCAAUGUUUACGAAGUCGCUUGAACUCCAGCCGGGAUACGCUCCGGCAUUUAAUAAUCUCGGUCUUGUAUUUGUUGCUGAGGGUCAUUGGGAAGAAGCCAAGUUCUGCUUUGACAAAGCACUUCAGUCAGAUCCAUUGCUUGAUGCAGCCAAAUCCAACAUGAUUAAAACUGUGGCUUUGUCUAGAUUAUGUGCAGAUCCCACUGCUUGAGGCACAAUUCUAGGAGCAGCUUUGAUUGAAGAAAGGAAAGUUAAACCUCCCACAGCCCCACAAAACAGUCCCCACCACUAUUUCAUGCUCGUGAACUGCUCGCUCUCACGAUUUGUCAUCAUCAGGUGAAGCUAAACUGUUGAAUUCAAUUUUGUCACCGCAUUUUGUAUGUAAGACCUUGAAAACCUCCCACAUGUCCAACCAACCAUGAAUGUUUGUUCCGUUCUAGCCAAUAAAACUUUUGGUAAAAGUAUCACAAAACCCUUGUACUAUACCUAAGAUUGCAUUUUAACCCCUCUACUGAAAAGAUAGGAAAAUUAGUCCCUGUUCAUUAGAUGAAUGAGCAAAACAGUUCCUCCAUUAUAA